AUGAAUGGCUCAGCAUCGGGGCUGCUGCCGGCGGAGCUCCCCGGCGAGUGCGUGCCCCGCGACCCGGUGCAGUUCGUGCUGGUGCCGGCCGUCUACUGCCUGGUGCUGUGCGUGGGGCUGCCGGGCAACCUGGUGGCCUUGCUGGUGUUCCUGCAGAGCGGCAAGGUGAGGAAGGCCAUCCGCAUCUACCUCAUCAACCUCACGCUGGCCGACAUCCUCUUCAACCUCACCCUGCCCCUCUGGAUCCCCUACUACCUGGCCGGGGGGGACUGGCUGCUCUCGGAGGCCGCUUGCCGCCUGGCCGGGGCCGCCUACUACGUGGCCACCUACAGCGCCGUCACCUUCAUGGCGCUCAUCAGCUUCAACCGGUACUGCGCCGUGCGGGCUGCACGGCCGGUGCUGCCGCUGACCGGGCGCCGUGGGGCCGCGCUGGCCUGUGCCCUGGCUUGGCUACUGGGGCUGGGCUGUGCCGUGCCCACCCUGGCCGCCCGGCAAACCUUCCCGGCCCGCGCCGGGGCCACCACCUGCUUCGAGCAGCACGCGCGGCACCGAGCCUACGCCUACGCCAUGGUGGGUUUCUUCGCCGCCGCCUUCCUGGUGGUGCUGGGCACCUACGCCUCCGUCGCCCGCUCGCUGUCGGCGCCCGCCGCCGCCUCGCCGGGCUCGCACCGGCAGCAGGCGCGCGCCAUGGUGCUGGGGAUGCUGCUGGUGUUCGCGGUGUGCGUGGCCCCCUACCACCUGACGCUGGCCCCCUGGGUGGGCAGCCGGCCCCCCGUGCCGCCCUGCGGGCCCCCCGCCGCCCUGGACGUGCUGCACGCGCUGAGCGUGGCCCUGCUCAGCCUCAACAGCUGCCUCGACCCCCUCGUCUACUGCUUCUGCAUCCGGCGCUUCAGGGCCGACUUGGGCCGGACCCUGCGCAAAGCCGCCCGGUGCCUCCCGCUCUCCCCUCCGGCCCCCGACGUGCCCGUGCCCGGCGUCCGCGCAUCCUCCUUCACCUCCUCAUAG